AACCAAGCGAUGUGUAGCAAUUCGAUGGAACCAGUAGAUGAAUUAAUCUAAGUGUUCUAAGUUUGCGCCGGAUUGCCACGCUGCUGUGAUACCUUGCGGUACGCGGUCGCGACCUGGCCCCGGUGGUGGAGUCACCAUCACCAUACCAUUUACCAUGUUACCAGUCAUGGACUGGACUAAAGAGAAAAGGGAAGAGAGUGAGAACGAUAGAGCAAAUCGUGCGCUGGAAUGGAAGUGCGCGUUACCAAAAGAGCGAGGACUAUCCGCGGUUGAUUGUAUGGGAGAGGGCGAUAAAGAAUUUAAUGAGAGCCGGAGUGCCUGUGCAGGUAUAGAUGGAGGACGGAAAAAACAUUGUUGUUUUAGCAUUUUCACCGAAUCAAGUGAAUCAGUCAGCUUUCGUAGUUGGUGGUGUGCGCUACAACGUUUCCGAUAUUUGCCGGGCGCAGCAGUAGCCGUGAUGACAAUUGCCGCCGGCAGCCGGUAUCAGUCAGGUUUGACAUUGCGCGCAAACAGCUGAGUUCUUGGAUAGGAAGUGUGUCUCCCGUCGGACGUUGGUGAUUAAUCAUUUUUGUUUUUGUUCCGUGAACUACGGGUGGAUAAGCGAAUGUGGGUGGUCAGCAGGCGUUCUGGAGCACCCACAUAGAAACUCACAAUCAGACUUCGUGCUGGUGAUGGAUUAUGGCUCUCGGUGGCACUCGAGUCGAUAUAGUAGUGAAGAAGACUGCGCUGUGACCUUUUCGUGAAUCACACGUGUUCUGUGCGCGCCAGAGAAGGAACCAAGAAGGCGGAGCGAGUGAGUGUGUGCGCACGCCGGAGAGUGAAGUGACGACGCUGCGCGGCGGUGUUAUAUUUACGAGUUGAAAUAUUUAUAAUGACAAUUAUUACUGCCCGUAACGAAUAUGGAUUAAGUUGUGUUCUGCCCGACAAGUUCAGAAUCCACAGCGGUGGAGUGUUUGUGUAUUUGAAACGUACAUAGGAAGGAGGAAAACAGCUUCGAAUGAAGAAGAAAACAAAUAGUGAACAACUGAGCGAGUUUUGUGAAUGUUUGUGCCAGUGUGCCUAUUUACUCGCGAGCUGUGUCGUGGAAGAGUAAAAAAAACAGCACUGUGACAUUUUGACUUAAGUCACUUGAAAUGUCAAACCAUUUAUAAGUUUAAAUGUUACAUCGUUUGGCUUUCGUUGAAUUAGCUGUGUGGCCUACUGCGACGGCUAGCAGUGUGUUGUGUGUGGUGUUGUGUUGUGUUCUGUAGCAGGCCAGACAACAGUGAUGAUGGUGAUGAUGAUGGCACUUCAAGUGUCAGGUACUUUGAGGUAAUGAGAACAGUGCCCUACCGGAGGAGACGCGACGUUUGAGGUUGAAAUUAAUAUCUGCAGAUCUGUCUGUGACUCUGUGCUGACGAUGAAUGAUCAACCGGUACAGGUACGGAAAGUGCCGCACCAGUAGUGACACAUCCGGCGAUGAAUGGCAGUGCUAAAUAGCAACACAGAAUCAGCGAUCAUUGCGAACAAAUUCUGGCGAUUCAGUGAUAAAAGUUGAAGUUACUUUUUAAGUUUCUAGUUUGCGUCGCUAGUGCAGUUGGAAAUCUUUAGUGUACGGAUUGAGAUAAACCGAUCUUUAAAGAUUUUACUGCAACCUAUCCCAGUUUGAACAUUUGUUGCCCGUCCAAUAGAAGCCAGAAAAUCUUACUGGCUUGAGCUGCUGAACCGAACUACGACGAUAAAUGUGCGUCUAUUCAAAUACUGAUAAGAGUUUCACCUUCUCGAUGUCACAGUUGUAGGUAGCCACUAUUCACUUUUGCUAUCGAAAGGGUUCGGUGUGAGUUUGUGUGGUGUGUACCUUCGAAUGGUUUAGUAGCGCUGGUCGUUGUAGUGGCAAACCGCGAAAACCGUAAACUAUUUCUCCUAGAAAGCCCAAAGUCACGUACCGGUUUACCGGCGAUGGUCGAUUAGAGUGUAGAACCUUCUAGCGUGCAUUUGUUUGUGGAGGAUCCUUCCGAAGCGUAUACAAUCGUCUAGUUUAAUAUUAGUUAUACUUUUAGUAUUUAUUAAGUUGAAAAAGCGUUUUGCGAUUAAUUUCUGAGAAGACACCGGCGCGGGGCAAAGUGAAAGACUUGACGGAUGAUUGCCGCUGUCGAUCGGCCGAUCCACGAACAGUUCCGAUGAGAUCAUGAGGGAAGUGAACUCAUCGGAAACAUCGGUAGUAUGGCCCGCUUGGUGUUAUUCAGGUACGAUACUGCAUGGAUGGACUUGGUUUUCAUCUUCAUGGGAAGGAGAAACGGUUAAUGAAGAUUUACCACAAGCAACCUCCGUGGCAGCACGAUCGCCUUCAUUGGGCUUACCUCAGCAGCAACAGCAGCAGCAGCAGCAACAGCAACAGCAACAACAUCAGCAACAGCAACAGCAACGGUUUCAGCUUCAGCAGCAAUCGUCAUCAAAUCAAUCACAGUCAUCAUCGGCGUCUUCGUCGCCAUCGUCGGCUCAUUCUACUCAAGGCGCUGUUGGCAAGACGCUACCCUCCGCAAAUCGUGGCAAAAGAAAAUCAAUCACCCCGACCUCCACUGGAACACCGUCGUCAUCAUCUUCGUUGUCGCCAUCGCAAUCGGCUCUGACGGCCGCCUUGGGUGCGAGUUCAGUAGCAGCGCUGGCGACGGCAGCGGCAGCAGCCGCGGCGGCGGCUUUUCAGGCCUCGCCAAGAAGAUCCACUCCACCCGCCGGUGGGUCUCUGCAGCUGGCUCAUCCGGAAAACGGAAACGGCUGCCGAAGUUCACCCUCGCACCACGCUCCAAUUCAUGGCGAUGACGGUCAUUAUUCGGCGCUAAAUAAUAAUAAUAAUAACAAUAAUAAUAACAGCACUAGUAGUAACUUCAACAACCAAGUGGCGGCAUUGCAAUCGUUUGACAAGAUGCUGAGCGAGCGAAUCUACGAUCGGAAAAAGUAUCUCAAUUCUCCGACGGGGAGUGCGGCGGCGGCUGCAGCAGCUGCAGCGGCCGCGGCAGCUAGUUCGUUUUACGAAAAGUUCCGAAACGGAGCCGCUGCUGCAGUGGCCGCCUCUGCCGGUGAGGUGGAAUUAAACUUAAUGAAAAACGGCCAAUCGCAGCUGGCCGCCGGUGAUCUUAGUGCAAUCAGUGGUAGUACUAACGGCAGUGGACUGGUGGCCGCCAACGGUGAAAUCGGCCUCAGUGCGGGGGGCUCCGUGCUCGAUGGCAGUGGCAAUAGUUUGAGUAAUAGUACCAACCAAAUCAGUAAUAGUAAUGUUAAUAAUAAUAAUAACAACAACAGUAGCAUCAUUAAUACGAGCAGUAGUAGCAGCACCGGCAGCACCAACAAUAGCAAUAAUAAUAGUAUUAAGAGCGAACGGUUCAGCCCGAACAACAAUGACGUGCAAUCGACAGCUUCCAGAUCGCGAAGUGUGACACCUUCGUCGUUUUCCGGUACCCCGCCGCAGACAAUGCACGGCACCGAUGUUGCCUUCCCGAGCAGUAUUCCGGCCAGUGGAUUGCUACCGUCUCCCAACUCGGCGAUGGCCGUUACCGGUGGUGGUCGACCCGAAUUCCAGGCCCGCAACUAUUCCGAUUUCAUGCGCAGUCUGGCUGCCAAGUACAAUAACAAUAAUAACAACACUAGCAGUAGUGGCAGCAGCGACCAAUCGAAUGUAAAGAAUCCCUUUCUAGAGCCAAAAAUGCGAAUAAAUCAACCAAAAUCGUUCAUAGAAAACUCCCUAGUAUGCAAUAAGAAAAGCAGUCCAAUUACCUCCGCUCAAGUACCUAAUGCAAGUAUUAUGUCUUCGCUGUUUCCGGGCCUUCCAUUCCAGUCGGCGGUUUUUCCUCCGCUGAUUGAUAUGAGCAGCACUCAGGCGCUGGUCGCACUGGCUCGCGCCGCCAAAGAAUCGGGCAUCCAAAAUCUCCUCAAGCCGGAAGACGGUGGCCUAAAAAAGCUAUCGGCCGCCUCGCGAGGUUCGUCACCGCCGCCGCGUUCCUCGAUGGCAAGCCAAUUUCCAUCGCCCUUUCCACCCAGAUACCUACCGGGUCUAUUGCCAAAUCAUUUGGCCGCUAGCUAUCCAGCACAACCACCUGCGGCGCCAGUUCCUGCGAUCUCACCCCUAAAGUCUCCCACUAGGCCUACUGAAGGUCUUUCUACAUUCCCGCUGGACCUCAGCUCGGCACCUUCGACGGCUAAAAGAAUAAAACUGUCACCAACACCCAGUCGGAAUCGGGAAACCUCACCUGCCCCCAGUUCGACCAACAGCCAACCCUCGGACUCUCCGCUAGGUUUGGUCGCUCCGCGAAAGUGUCACGCCCGUAUUGAGGAAAUCAGCUCCUGGACGGUGGACCACGUAUGCGACUUUGUCGGUAGUAUCGACAUCUGCGCCGAGUACGUACAGAACUUUCGUGACCAAAGCAUCGACGGUGCUGGGCUGCCACUGUUGACCGAGGAACACCUGACCAAUUCGCUGGGCAUGAAGCUCGGUCCGGCCCUGAAGCUGAAGUCGAUGCUGGCCAAAAAGCUGGGCGGUCCGUGUCCGUGUGCGCUCUGUGCCGCGCCGACUCCGUCCAGAAGUAGCACCAAGGGCGACACGACGCCCACCAAUCGACCGCCGAGCAACGGUUCCGUUGGGCAGGACUAGGCUAUGGGACCCACUACGGCUGGCGGGCGCCAGAAGAAAAAAAAAACCAGACCAGUGACUAUGAUUUCCAGUCUUGCGACGACGUUUACUUUUCCGAAAGUGGGAAGGCGCGCGGCACCGCCUUCCCGGGGACGUACUUACGAUAUAUUGUGACGGCCACAUCGAAACAAAAAUAAAGCAUAUGAAAAUCGACUUUCAAUCCGCCGGGACAUGUACAAUAUUACAUUUUAAUCGUUACACUCUAGGGACUAAGUCACCUUGUUAUGCUCGAUCGUUAGGCGAUCACUUCGGUAGAGCUUAGAAAGUUAGAGUUGAUAGUUCACUUAGUACUCUAUGUUUUGUUAAAACGUUCACAUCUCCACCGACGGGCAGGUCGUCGGACGAAAGUGUUGUUAGUAUUCCGAGUACGUAGCAAACAAACGUAAUUAUUUAUUUCACCUUUUAGCCGAUAGGAGCAAUACAACUUAUCACAGAAAAGACUUAAAAGUGAAAAGUGAAAAGAAAAACAGAAAAGAGGAAAAAUAUCUAGCGUAAUAUUUGGCAGACUCGAAAUCCUACGUAGUGUUUGUGUUUGGGUUUUACUGAUUCAAGUAAAUGCUCUAUCUUAAAGUUUUAUCUCGUCAAAAUUUGUCAAAAUUCUUACACUAUAGAGAAUAUUUUACUUUUAACGUUAUCAGCUAGCAUUAAGAUCACAUUAUUAUCAGUAUUUAUCAUUGAGAAGUUGAUUCAAAAAACAGUUAUACUGUAUCUA